GAAAGUAGAGAUAUGACAUGAGUGAUUUUGUAAAUGGUUGAGUUUUCACUUAUGUCUUGGAAUUUUAAGUUGAACCCUUUAGACCGAACUCGAACUCGAAAGUCCACGUUUAGCGCAAGAAGUAGUUCCAUAGCAGUGCAAACUGCGGAGUGCGGAGCGAACUCCCAAAAGUGAACAAAAUUUAAAAAAAAAAGAAAAAAGAAAGAAAAAUGGGAUGAAGUUAGCUGGAUAUCGAAAUCUGGCAGAGCAAGGAAGGCAUUGAUAUUUGAUGGAGCCACGAAACCCUUCUCCUUCUCCGUCGCCGUCUCCGGUGCGAGUCCUCAUUCGCCCUCCCUCCUCCUCCUCCUCCUCCUCCUCCGCCGCCGGCCCCUCGCCUACGCCUACGCCGCCGCCGCCGCUCCCUCGCUCCGACGGCGUGGUCGUCGUCGGCUUCGUCGCCCGCCGACACGACGAUUCCGCGCAGCUCCUCAACCGAGUCAUCGACUCCAACGCCUUCGCCUCCGGCAAUCUCGACACGCCGCUGCUCGUCGACGAUGAGGAAGCCAGGGAGUGGUUCAGGCGGAGGAGAAUCAGCUACUUUCACGACCACGAUAAGGGGAUUUUGUUCCUUCAGUUCUCUUCUACUCUCUGUCCCUCGAUUCACGCCGAUGAUGACGCCGCGCCGCCGGGGUUCGACUCCGCUGUCGAGGAGCACGAGUUCGGUGAUCUCCGGGGAAUGCUUUUCAUGUUCUCUGUUUGUCAUGUUAUCAUAUAUAUUGAGGAGGGGUCACAUUUUGGUACUAGGAGUUUAAGGAAUUUUCGUGUCCUGCAAGCAGCCAAGCAUGCUAUGGCUCCAUUUGUUAGAUCCCAAACUAUGCCGCCUUUACCCUCUAGGUCGCAUCCUACGUCAUCCUCCCGACCUGCUGCUUCGGCAGCGAACAAUUCUUCUCCAGGUAGAGGUGGUGGUAACUUGAGUCGCAAUGUGUCGGCCAUAUCUCUCAUGUCAGGUUUAGGUUCUUAUGCUUCUUUGUUUCCAGGACAGUGCAUACCUGUUACACUGUUUGUAUUCGUAGAUGACUUCUCCAAUUUAUCAAAUUCCAGUGCAAAUGGGGAGGAGUCUUCAGAUGUCUCUUCAGUUAGUCAAUCUUCUAGUUUGAGUGGUGUAACCAAGGGAAACUUGCCUGCUAAAGGUUCUGGUUCGGUAGUUGUGCUGGCACGCCCUGCAAGUCGAUCUGAAGGUGGGUUUAGGAAGAAACUACAGUUGUCUCUUGAAGCACAAAUUCGCUUUCUGAUUAAGAAAUGUAGGACGUUGUCAGGCUCCGAAAUAACUCAUUCGGGUGUGAGAACUGGGGGUACCUCAACUUCUGCACCUCUGUUUUCACUUGAUGCAUCAAGGACAGUUGUCUUGUUAGACCGGUUUUCAAAUCAAAGAGGCGAGUCUCUUGAGUUUGCCAGUGGACUUGUUGAAGAUGUCUUAAAUGGAAAAGCAACCUCAGAUUCUCUUCUGCUCGAAAGCCAUGGUCAAAGUUCAAGCAAAGAAGAUUUAAUAUCAGUUAAGGAGUUCAUUUACAGGCAAUCUGAUAUUUUGAGGGGGAGAGGAGGACUCAUUAAUACCAACAGUGGCUCAGCUGCUGGUGUUGGUAUGGUUGCUGUUGCAGCAGCUGCAGCUGCUGCCUCAGCUGCAUCUGGGAAAACUUUCACUACUCCUGAUCUUCCAAAUCUUGAAGUUUGGUUAUCUUCUAGUCGUCAUAUCUUGAGUGGAGUUCUCUGUGCAAAAGGUGGUUGCUUGGAUGAAUUUGAAAUCAUCAAAAGAAAACCUCGUCCAAGGAAUAAUGUUUCAUCAACAGUGGAAGGAUCUUUGAAGAGUACAAAUCCUCUAGAUGUUGCAGUAUCUUGGUUACAAAGUGGUAGAGGGUUGAACACUAAAUUCUCUACUUUGUGGUGUCAAAGAGCCAUUCCAUCUGCAAAGGAGAUUUAUUUGAAAGAUUUGCCUGCUUGUUAUCCUACUUCACAACACAAAACCCAUUUAUAUAAGGCUUUGCAUGCAUUUCGCUCAAUGGUAAAAGGACCUGCAGUGGAACUAUUUGCAAAAAGGUUGGAAGAGGAAUGCACUUCCAUAUGGAAUUCAGGAAGGCAACUAUGCGAUGCUGUUAGUUUGACUGGAAAUCCAUGCAUGCACCGAAGGCAUGAUAUUGAAACCAAUAAUUCAGACAGAGCCUUGCCCAAGCCACAUUCAAGUGGCUAUUUUUUCCUUCAUGCCUGUGCUUGUGGUCGUUCCCGACAGUUAUGUCCUGAUCCCUUUGAUUUUGAAUCAGCUGAUGCUAGUUGCUUCUUUGACUGUGAUAAGCUACUUCCUGCAGUAAAAUUACCAGAAAUAGUGUUUGCAGGACCUGUUCAAUCUUCCUCUUGGAGUUUGCUUCGUAUUGGGGGUGCAAGAUACUAUGAAUCUUCUAAAGGCUUACUUCAAAGUGGAUUUUGCGUCACUGAGAAAUUUCUUUUGAAAUGGACAAUAUACCUAGAGAAACAGAAAAGACCAAAUGACUCAACAGAGAGUAUAGUGAAGCAAGAUUCUGUAAUUAGGGCACCCAAGGUUGAAUAUAGUGCAGAUUCAAGGAAAACUGGUGUUAGGCAAGCCCAUGCUGCUGUGCAGGAUGGAGUGGAAGACCAAGGAACAUCUUUAGAUAUCAUGAAGGCUGAUGAUAAAAAGAUAAGUUUUGGUAGAGGUUUCCCUAUUUUCAAAAUGAGGAAACCUUUUUCUGAGGUUGUUGCUGGAUCAGCAGCUAGUGAUUCAGGAUUCCCUCCUCUUCAACAAAGGAAGUUACCUACCCCAGGUUCUGAAAAGGGUAUGAAAGAAAGCAGGUCAAGUAAUCAGAAUGUUGAACAGGUUAAUGCUGCCAUUGAUCAUCAAAUAUCUCAAAAAUCUCAACAUGUAUCAUCUACACAGGAACAUCUUGAUGGUAAUGGAAAUAAUAAUAUCUGCAGGGAUGAUGAUCCUUUUUUGAGGAUAGGGAGCAAUGUAGUACCUGUAUACUUGAAUGGAGGUGAAAGGAACAAAUCACACUCUUUAAAGCAUGCUAUAGUAUAUGUUGGAUUUGAGCAUGAAUGCCCCCGUGGCCACCGUUUUCUGUUGAAUGCAGAACACCUCACUGAACUUGGACCUUCAUACUCAUUAUCUGAAGAAUCUCGAAUGUCUUCUAUGGAGCCUGCUGGCAGAAAUCAGGCAUAUCAAACUAAAGUAAGCAAGAAUGCUUCCUGGAACAAAGCUCAUCGUAGCUCAAAUGAAAUUCUUUCUACAAUCUCAAAUAAGGAAAGAGAUGUGAACAAAUCUAAUGAAAUGAUUCCUAAUGGUGAUUCGAAUUCCGAUGGAUUAAUACAUACUUCCAUUCCACUAAAGCAACAUAAUUUGACAUCAAUGAAUGCAUUGUCAAAACCUGUGAAUCUUAUAAAAGAUAAUGGAGGGGAUCUUCAAGCUAUUAGCAUGGAUAAUGAUGAUCUUGCAUUCUCCAUGUUGAAUCAAAACUUGCCUGUCUACAUGAUCUGUCCUCACUGCAGGCAUUCGAGGAAUAAGAAGGAUACACCCAAGGUUAAGUUUGCUAGUGGGAUCUCACAGCUUAAAAGGAUUUUUCUGGUGACACCUGCAUUUCCAGUGAUACUAGCAACAUGCCCUGUUGUACAAUUUGAGACAUCAUGCCUGUCUCCCUCAGUUCCAGAUCGUGAACAAAAGUUGCAGUUUAGCCUUGGAUGUCAAGUGAUCUUGCCACCAGAGAGCUUCCUUACUCUUAAAUUACCAUUUGUGUAUGGUGUGCAGCUUGAAGAUGGAAACAAACAUCCUCUUAACCCCUUUGAACAACAGCCUGAAAUGACUGCCUGGAUCACCAAGGGCACAAUACUGCAGAUCUUGUCCAAGGGGAACAGUGAUGAGGGAUAUCAAACACAGUAAAAGCUUACUAAAUCUUUGAGUGGCCUUGCUAGAGUGAAAAUGAAAGAAUGUCACUAGCUUCUACAAAACUCAGGACAAGUAAUUUUGUGGAUGAUGGAUAUGGUCCAGAAUUGAAUUGCUGAGCUGUAAUAUAAACGAGUUGAGUUCAUUACUCGGCUCUGUGGUUGGCUUUCUAGCCUGUUCAUAAGCUCUUCUAUAUCUCGUGCAAAUUCAUAUUUCUGGUAUUGCUGUCUGGAUUGAUUUGGAUGAUACUGCCCUUUACAAAUGAAAAAAAAUUCUAUGGUUGGGAGGAAUCUGAGAUAUGUGCAUCAAUAGCCAGAGAAUUAGAAUGGACCUAAUAAUGGUGAAUCCCAUUUUAGUUAUUGUUGAUGAAAGGGUGGAUGGCAGCAUAUACAUAGAAGAUGAUGUUCUUCAACGUGAGGCACAAUAUAUGAGCGGUGAUAUUGAUCCUGUGCAUUUGAAUGUUAUGCUAAAAGCACAAAUGGAUAAAAGGGGCAAGCGAAGAAGAAAUUAUGAGCAUUGGUGUUUCCUGAUUUCCUGGAGGGGGCAAUACGAUAAAUGUAAGCUUGCUGAUCAUCAAUGGGGGUAAAAAAUCGUUCAACUGGAACCUGUGGAUGGCCUUUGUGAAAUUUUCAAAUCGAGUAUUCUUUAUAAUGUUGAAACUUUGUUGGUUUACGCAUUACGUUAUCAACUAAUGAGCAUUAGAGGGGAACAAGCAAACUAUGUACUUUUAUUAGUAAGCUUCCAUUUUAGUCCAUGAGACUAUAAGCCAUUGGUCGCUUCAUUUUA